AUGUCAGAGGAUACAAAGGUACCUCAAGAAACAAUUCUUGACUCAUUUGAAAAGAUAAAGACACACUUCCCGGCUGCAAGAAUCAAGAAGAUUAUGCAGUCUGACGAAGAUAUUGGGAAGGUUGCCCAGGCUACACCGGUUGUGGUUGGAAGAGCCUUGGAGAUUUUCAUGGCCAAUUUGGUUGAGGCCGCUGUGAUAGAGGCUAAAAAAAAUGGUGUACGCAGGAUUGGAGCAUCUCAUGUGCGAGCAGCGGUGGAAAAUACUGACCAAUUUGAUUUCCUCGUUGAUGCGAUGGACAAGUACCCACCGUUGAAGAAUUGA